GCAACCCCCAAGCAAGCAAGCUCCUCCCGCAACAAAUAAUGUUGUCUGCCCGAAACACAAAGCCCCACAUGCAUGCUCUUUGUGAAUGAAAUCAAGAGCAUCUCGCGCAUGCUGUCCCACCAGAUACUGCGCGCCGAUGCGCCGUCGGCUGUGUGUUUUAUUGCAUCGAAGCAUAACAACAGCUACUACUGGCAAUGUGUAUGCGUUGGAGCCGCGUUCUCUCGCCUUCGUUUUCGCCCAAUUCUCAAGAGCAUCAUCUCGUGUAUCGUGAAACAAACCAAAUGGUGAAUCACUUCGAUUCAUGGCACACCACCCUACUCCGUGCAACGCGACGCAAGAGCUUCUUGAACAACGCGGUUCUGGCGUUUGUUGAAGCGACAGCGCAGAAUUUUGAGCCCAGCCCAGGGCUGGCUAUAGUUCCACUUGGGCUCUCGAAUGGAAAGCAGGAAGGCAGGCAGCGAGGAACAACAAAAUACACAUCUGCAUUCCGGGUGUUUGCGUUCAUUUUGCCGGUAGUGUUCCUUUCAACCCCUGUCCACCACCUCACAUCAUCAUACUCCCCCCCCCCCCCUCUUCCAUCCCGGUUGAUGGUUCGGACGCACGCGUUUCAGUUCAUUUGCUCAGCUGCCCCCGCCGCUGAAGGCUUCCAUCAGUGCGCCCCAAUCCAUGCGCACCAUACCACUCCAUGCGCGCCGCGCUUCGCGCUGCUUGUGGGUAAGCGCAUCUGUUCUGAACAUUUCUCCACCAACGGUUUGCAACGGCGUUUGUUUGGGUGGUGGUUUCGCGCUAGCGGUUAGCGGUGGUAGUGUUCUUUGCCACACACUAGAUCACCCCACCUCAUCCCUCUUUGAGGACUUAUCUUCCAGUCAGAACGCGCGCAUAUUGCCGAAGGGAUGUCCGCUUAAUCUCGCGCGCAUCGCACACUCUCCUCGCGCGUCUCGUCGCGCUGCUCAGUCCGUCAGUGGUGCACGCCGGGUUGCGAUCGUACGCUGUUAUUGGUCUACGGUUUGAGUCUUCAGCGAACCACAUCUCUAACGGGUGUGCCUGCCUGUGCGUCUUCGGAGGCGUUCUGUUGUGUUCAUAUUUAUCACUCUCACUUUCGUUCCUCCCUCUGUCUGUACUCUCCCGGGGAUGCUGUACGCGGGCCUGGUGCAGUUCGCGCUGGAUGAUCGUGGUGAUCGUGUGUGACGUCGACGUGAUCUUGAAGCAGCCGCAGCAGGCUGGAAAGCCGUAGUGUUGUACUAUCAAAAAUUCGGUUCGCUUUUCGACGCCAAAACACGGUUUCGGUGUCGAUGAUUGCGUGCACGCUUUGCACAUUGCUCGUUAAUACACCGAUUUUGAACCGCGCUCAAUCAAUUACGCGCACGCACGAAAAAUAGGCCGUCGACGCUUCCGGAGUGAUCGCAUUGCGUUUGUGAGGUUUUGCGCUGUGCAUUUGUGCUUUGUUGGGCAUCAUCUUAGUGCGUGAGUGUGUUUUUUGAGUGAAAAAGAGGAAUCAUUAUGCUGCAGCAAAUACAUGAGCUGCCUGUACAAACGUUAUGAUACACGAGCCUGGAGAGAAAAUACAAAUAUUCUACUGAUCCCUUAAGACAGAAGUACCGAAUCCAGUUACGGUGUAGCGUUGAUCAGGCAAAUCAUGAGCAACUACACGGCCGACCAUCUCGGCCGCAGCCCCGAAGAGGAUGGGGUUUUCUGCUCCAGUGAAAUAUCGAUCGUGGCCGCAUCGAGCGCUACCUUUAUCGCGGUACUUGGAACAAUCGGAAAUGUGACCACGCUGCUAGCGCUCGGCCGGAACCGAGCCGUGCGACAACGGCGCCGUCAACCGACCACCGCGUUCGUCAUGUCGUUAGCCACCGCGGAUCUCCUGUUCUGUGUCGCCGUCAUGCCGCUCAUGGCACUUCGAUACGGCCGCCGAAGAUGGCCCUUUGUCAGCGACAGCUUAUGGUGCCGACUGUUUCCAGUGGCACUGUACGGGACGGUUGCCACCUCCGUGUUGAGCUUGGUGGCCCUGACCGUCAACCGGUAUGUGCUGAUAGUACAUCCCGCCUGGUACGGGGCAGUCUAUCGAACGGCCGGUAUGGUGCCGCUUCAGCUGGCCAUUUGUUGGGCCAUUCCGUACGGUUUAAUGGCUUUGCCACUGUUUGAACUGUGGGGUCGGCUAGGGUUCGAUCGUCGAACGUUCUCUUGUACGGUGUUACCCUCGAUCACUUCGACCGGGAAGUUUUCUGCCAGCCCGAAGAAGUUCAUUUUCAUCGUGGGAUUCGCUCUACCAUUCUGUGCCAUCGUUCUCUGCUACACGGCCAUCAUCGGUGCAGUGCGCAGGCAGCGUCGCCAUAUGCAGCGGUAUGCGGCCAAACCAGUGGCUGCAACAUCGGUUGCUUCCACGCCUGGUAGCAUUGCCGCACCGAGCAACGACGAUGAUGAGCGGCAUCUGACGCGAACAACGGCCGCUAUAUUCGGGUGCUUCAUGCUUUGCUUUCUGCCACUUACGAUCGCCAAUGUGCUGCUGGAGGAUGCCGAAUCGGUGGGUGAGGCGGGUGAUGUGCAUGUGCUGGCAUCGAUUCUCACUUGGCACUCGGCCGUACUUAAUCCCUUCAUCUAUGCGCUGGGGAGUCGCCAUUACCGAAACGCUUACUGGGCUGUCUUACGCUGUGCAGAUUGCAAGAGUACUAAAUCCCAACGAAGAAUAACAUUUAGUAGACAUCAAUCACCUACGACGCCAUGUGCAACUAAAUCCACUAAGAUGGGAAGCUGCACUGCUGAGAACACCGGAAGUGGAACACAAAAUAAUUCGGACGUAUAACGAACGCCAACUCUUAUCUAAAGAGCUAGAUCCCAUGCCAUAUGUAGAUUAAAUAAAACUGAUACUUUAAUUUUUAUAAUGUUGUCUUUGUUUGUUGUUGUUUGUUGAGUUGCGUUGCUUUCUGAAUUCAAACAGCUGGCUCGGUGACUGAUUUCCUUGAAACAGGAUCUUAGAAAGAGAAGACUUUGCAUUUUCCUACUAUGCUACACAUCUAUUGGAUAUUAAUAAUUUAGAUUUCAGAAAGUUUAAAGAGGCAAAAUAAGCCAAAUAAGACAAAGAACAACAGCACUACACAAUGCAAUGCCGGUGUGCCCAUACACUAACCAAUCUAUAUCCAUCUCCAUCCAUGAUCCAUGGCCAGGGAGCAAGUUUCUUGGUAUUAUUGGACAUGUUCACGAAUUGAUCUACAACUUAUCUUAGUCGAAGAUCAGCUGCAUCAGACAGUGGCGGAUUUAACGGUACGCGGACUGAGCGGCCGCGGGGGUCCCCGUCAAUUUUGGGGGCCCCGUGGAUGAUAAUUCCAGCAUAUCUGGAGUAAGGCAGAUGUUAUGGAAAUAAGAUAGGAAUUAUGUGUUGAAUAGCUAAAUAAAAUAAUAAAUUAUUAAUUAAUCAAUGAAUAAAUACAUUAACUAACCGAAACACAGUUUAGGAGCCAAGUAGUCGAUCCAUCUCGAGUACCCCCAACACCCCUCGCCCCCGCCCAAGGUGGAUUAAAAAUAUCAGGUGGUGGAUUAGGGCCUUUGGGGGGUCGCCAUAGUUGAGGGACUUUACGUCAUUUUAGAACCGUUGACCAUUGGUUUCCGCACACAAAGCUUAGCAAAUAUAACAGAUUUCUUUGUUAUUAUGUGCAUUUUAGUGUGUCUAUUGAUUUUAUCGAAAAAACGUAAUAUAUUAACAAAAGAUUUGAUGAUUUGUUUAUGCACGAAAUUUAAAAUCAUGCUAGCAUGAGUUCUAAUCUCAAGUAAAUUGUCCAUGCGGCUCGUAGAUAAUGAGGAAUUAAUGUAAAAAUUGAAAAAAAAAUGAUUUCUUAAUUUUUAUCAUCAAAAAUGUCGAAAACACAAAGAAUUCUAGAAUAAAUUCACAGAAUAACACAAAAUAACACACUUUAAUGUAUGUUUCAAUGUAAAAUAAGCACUCACAAAGUCCAAAAUAUAUUUUUAAAGAAUAUUUAUUCGAAAAAAUGGGGUAGAUAAAUUAUAUGAACAAAUUUAAUUAAUGUAAACAAAGUUUGAAUCCUGGGGACCUUACGUCAAGUGACGAAUUGUCAAAAUGCACUACCCAGGUGACAACUGUUCUACAUUUUUAGCUUAAACUCCUCGUGAACAGCUCGAUUCAACCCAUUGCCUCAUAUAAACGCUUGAAAACAUGGAUGUGUGAGUGAACUACGAUGUGUUGAAGCGUUGAAGUUUAUGUCAGAACUUCGGUAAAAGCCAGGCAAACAGGAAGCUUGCAGUUUCGUCCUCGGUGAUAAACAACCAAAACACUGAGUAAGAAGAAUUAAACGAUCUAUCUAGGAGUAUCAGAAUAGCGGGGAAAUGAAUGUACCAACAAAUCAACGUGAAAGAGUGUUUUUUAAUAAACUUUUUGUUUCAUACGGA